UCUGCGAAAGUGGGCCGUGCCGCCGAACAGCAGAUGUUUAGGACAAAGGGAAUGCACGUGACAGCGAACACUGGCAGUCUGUUCAACAGUUAUCGUGCAGUAAUGACAAAAAUGAGGAGCAAAUCUAAAAGCCCUGCUUCCAGUGCUGAGAGUUUUUUAAUGACAAGGGAGGAAAAGGAAAAACCUGUUUCGAAAUGCUGUCACAAGUGUAAAAGACGAAGAUUGGCAAAACGGGAGAAACGUCUUGAACGACUACAGAGAAGACCUCGCUCUCGCAGAAGUUCCAUUGAAAGUGACGAAUCAUUCAAAUCACGAACACGAACUCGUUCACGAUCACGGUCCAGCUCAUGGGAUAGGUUCCGAGGAUCACGGAGUCCUUCGAUCCCGAUAGAUCCACAUAGAACUUCACCUUCUCAUCUAGAGGUUCGGCGAAUUACAAGCGCAAGAAAACUGCCGGUUCCUUACAACAGGAGAUGGGACUCAAGCGAUUCAGAUUCGGAUUCGUCAAUCUACGAUAAAAGGCCGAACAUAUUCCGACAAAAUAUGAAGCGAACAACAACGUGUUUCAUGUGAAACUUUUUAUUAUGAAACGGCAAACAUUUUGGUGGAAAUGCAUUUGCGGGGGCAUUGCAUAUGUUUGAUAUAUGCGGGGUAUUAUACAUUUGCUUGCCAUUUUUUUGUUCAAUAUUUUGUAGGGUGUGGAAAGAUAGUACAACUGUUAUUCUAUUUUCUCGUCCCAUUUGGUAGUAAGCAAAGAAAAUUCAAACAAUUAUAAAUCCGUACCCUUCCCAUAGGGCAUAGACCGUUGGUAAUUGUUUAAAACACGAUCAGGAUAUUUAAAUAUUAUGUGCUGAAGGUGAUGUCACAUCUUUCCCCACCCCUACUAUGUGUCAGUUCCAUUUAAACUACGAAUGCUUGCACACUUGUAUAUUUUCAACUUCAAUUUUUAAUUCCUAUUAUACUUGCCAAGUAGGGUUUCGAACCUAGAACCGUAAACUGUUUCAUGGUUGUUCCUAAUAUUGUAUGUUUAAUCCUAUAGAAGUGGUCUAAAUAAAACCUUCUGGUUUUGUUUGACUGCUAAAUUUUGAAAACUUAUUUGUUAUUUUUACCCAUUACAUACUAAAAAAACACAUGUUGAUAAAUCAUUCUAAAUUACCGAUAAACUUGGACGACACACUAUAUAUACAUAGGGACUAUAUAGGCCUAUACUGUGUUAUACUAGAUUUUAUUUUAAAGCACUAUGAUAUUGUGUUUACAGUUCCAUUGAGACUUGUACAGAUUGAAAAUCAUUUUUUUAAUUUUUACUCAACUGUACUGUUAAUAAAAUCGUAUUAA